AUGCCUACAAAUUACAAGCGCAAGAGUAACCGGCAGCCAUGGACCGCUAAGCAGUUGGAACAAGCCAUUAAGGCUGUAAAAAGUGGAUCGCCGGUGAAGACAGCAGCAAGAAAAGAGGAGCUGGUACAACAUCUGUUGGAUUUGGAAAAGAGGUUCCAUGGAAUAACGAUGACUAAUGUUCGAAAGCUUGCUUUUGAUCUGGCCGAAAAAAAAGGAUUGCCACACCCGUUCAACAAGUCUACCAAGAUGGCUGGAAAAGCUUGGCUAAGCAAUUUUCUGAAACGAAAUCCCAAAUUGUCGUUCCGUAAACCUGAAGCUACCUCUGCCGCCCGAGCCAGAGGCUUCAAUAAGCCAACAGUAUCUGCGUUUUACGAUUUGCUGGAAGAAGCCCUGAAAGAUCCCAAAUUGACGCCAGAUCGCGUUUUGAACGCCGAUGAGACUAGUGUUUGUACCGUUCCUCCGAAGAAGUCUAAGGUAGCGGCAUUGAAAGGCAAAAAACAGGUUGGUGGUAUUACAUCUGCGGAACGCGGAGAAACAGCUACGGCAGUAAUGUGCAUGUCCGCAACCGGACAGCACCUUCCGCCGUUCUUCAUUUUUCUUCGCAUGCGGAUGCACGAAGCUUUGAAGAAAGGGGCAUCAAAGGGGCAAAUUUGCCUGUAA